AUGGGAGACGAUGGGGACAGGCGGUGCCCUAGCGUCUGGCUGACCGGCUGGCCCCUCCAGAUUGUUGACUCUCACUGGUCACUGGAACUACUACAAAAACUGCCACGCCGAGCCAUCCCAAAUCAAUCUUUUUUUUUUGGCUGCCCUAUUCUUUUCUCCGAGGAAAGGCCCGAGCCUUCGAGACCAGACAGCAGCCUCCUGCGCGCCGCCGCCCGCUACGCUGCAUCUCCGGCCGCGCCCCACCGGAGAUCGGUGAUCUCCGCCUCCGGCCGUCGUUCUCUCCGUCCUACCUCUCCCAUCUCCAGCCGACGAACCUGUCUCCCGUCUCCUGCCGACGAACUCCGCCCAGGAAGUAUCCCGUCGACAAACUCGUCCCCGCGGACGGAACUCCUGCCGGACGACGAACUCGUCCGCAUCGAGGACCCGUUCCCUUUCCUCCCGAUGGAUGGAGAUGAUAAUGCGCGUGAUGAAGAAAUUGAAAGGAUAAGGCAUCUUCUUGGAGUGGCGCAUGACUUGGCUGUGUUAGGCUACUAUGGUAAUCUCUAUUGUGAAAAAUAUUUGAAUAAGUCAGCUAGGAGGAUUUCGCAACAAAUUGGACUUGAAUGGGUGCAUGAGCAACUUGAUGAUAGAAAAAGAUGCUACAAAAUGUUUAGAAUGUAUCCAGAUGUGUUUGAACUCGACAACUUGAACGACGGCAGGUGAUAGUGCUCCGGGUGGACAACGCAGCAGAAGCAUGAACUCGACACGUGAUGACAUAGCCAACGCAUUGUUCAAUGCUAGAGAAACCUAGAACUAUUUGUGCUACAUAGAAAAAUACUAUUGAUACGUACUUUGCAUAAAUAUAUAUUUGUAAUGCAUAUGUAUUUGAUGGAUCCAUAUGUUAUUUAUUGC